CAAACAGUUCAGAGACAUUCAGGGCGACUGACGAAAAAGACAAAUUGUAUUCACUUCAGCUAUCGCAAACUCGCAAAAUUACGUCGACACUGACCAAUUUAACCUGCCCAAUGAACUCUUACAGAGGUUCAACGAUUGGCGCGCCCUCCAAAGCUACACCAUCCACCCUUUGCCAGAAAUGCUUGAAACGAGGGCAUUAUAGCUACGAGUGCAAGGCUGUUGCGCAAGAACGCCCAUAUGUCUCAAGACCUUCGCGUACCCAGCAACUGUUCAACCCAAAAUUAGUUCCGAAGCUUACGAACGAUGCGCCCCAAGACCUAUCCGGGAGCAAAAGCAAGCAGGACGAACAAGCAGCAAAGACGAAGCUAGAAGAAGAUCGUGGGCGAAAGAGAGACCGUGACAGCCGUGAUCUUGACAACCAGAGCGAGCCUAAGAGAUUAAGGUCGACUUCAUCGAGAUCUUCUGUGUCUGUUUCAACGGUGUCUACAAAUGCGGAAAGGUCACCACCACCCAGUAAAGACAGAAAACGCGAUCAGAGGAAACGGCGUCGCUCAUCCCCCGGUUUUCAAGCCGACGAACCUCGCUCUUCUCGGGCCCACGGAAGGAAGGAUGAGGGCGAUAUCCCGAGCGGCAGAGGUCGCCGUACAAGUAGGAGUUGGUCCCGUGGCAGCUAUUCGUCGCAUUCAAGGAGUAGAUCCCGGUCACCAAGACGUGAUAGAUUGAGGGAGAAGCCGCUCGGAAGGUAUUCGCGAAGUCAGACGCCGCCUCGUCAGAAAAGAGCCCACUCACCAAAACGGGUUGGUGAGCAAGACCAGCCCCCGAGGAGGAGUAUGGAACGCACGGGACCUAUCGACGCUACAGGCAGAAGAGAUGCGGGACAGGCCAGGGAGUUUAAUGGCCGCAAUGACACAAGAGCAUAUCGUGAGAACCAAGCAGAAACGGCACCCCCUAGAAGGUCACGAAGCCCGAGGAAUGCGCGUCUAGAACGGUCUCUAAGUCCAUUCAGCCAACGGGUGGCUUUAACCAGAGCUUUGGGAAGAUAA